AUGGCCUGGUUGUCUCUGGAAAAGUGGGAAGCAACAAACUGGACACGGCAGUUGCUGAGUCAGAGGCGGAAACCAAAGAAGGAGCUUCCACAAGAGAAUCUGAUAGUAACAUUUUGGAUGUAUCGUCUGAUUUUCCCAGAGAGAAACAUAUUUCAAUUCAAAGACAACUUGCCGAUCUAGAGAAACUAGCUGAUCUGAAUGAAGGUGAGUUUACCUUGGCAGUAUCCCAGAACACAGAUCUUCAUGUUACAGCUGAAAAGAAGCCCUGUCCAUUGUGUCCUGAGGAGAAAUUCAAAGCUUGCUAUCAUCAUAAACUUCAUCGCCACCUUCAGAAUUUGCACUGGAAAAUUUCUGUUGAAUUUGAAGGGUACAGAAUGUGCAUCUGUCACUUACCUUGUCGUCUAGUAAAGCCAAACCUCGUUGGAGACCAGACAUUUUCAAAGAUGGGAGCCCAUUACCAUUGUAUUAUCUGUUCAGCAACUAUCACACGAAGAACUGACAUGAUAGGGCAUAUUAAUCGUCAUGUGAAUAAAGGAGAAACUGAAUCAAGGUUUAUUACAGCUCCUGCUCCCAAGUCUUCUCAUGAGGUGCUGAAAGAGUCAGACGCAGAUGUGCAAGUGCUUCCCAACUACUCCACGCCUCAGAAAACUGAUUCCUAUUUCAAUCCUAAAAUGAAACUCAACAGGCAAUUGAUAUUCUGUGCAUUAGCUGUUCUAGCUGAGGAGCGGAAACCUAUAGAAUGUUUGGAUGCGUUUGGUGCCACUGGUAUAAUGGGAUUGCAAUGGGCAAAGCACCUCAGAAGCUCUGUGAAGGUUACUAUUAAUGACUGUAAUGAAAAUUCCGUGACAAUGAUUCAGGAAAAUUGUCAUUUAAACAAAAUGAAAGUGAUACUAAGGAACACUAAGGAAGAUGACAGUGAUGAAGCUAUAGAAGAUGGAGAAGAGAAUAUUGGCAGCAUUGAGGUGACAAAGAUGGAUGCGAAUGUUAUAAUGCAUUUGAGAUCGUUCGAUUUUAUACAUUUGGACCCCUUUGGAACCUCUGUGAAUUAUCUGGAUUCUGCCUUUAGAAAUGUAAGAAAUCUUGGAAUUGUGUCGUUGACAUCCACAGACAUCAGUUCUCUGUACGCGAAGGCCCAGCACGUUGCCCUGCGUCAUUACGGAUGUAACAUUGUCAGAACAGAGUACUACAAGGAACUGGCAGCCAGAAUAGUAAUUGCUGCUGUGGCAAGAGCUGCAGCUCGUUGUAACAAAGGCAUUGAAGUUUUACUUGCCGUAGCUCUAGAACAUUUUGUUCUAGUAGUGGUCAGAGUUUUGAGGGGACCAUCUCCUGCAGACGAUUCAGCAAAGAAAAUUAAGUAUCUCAUCCAUUGCCAGUGGUGUGAAGAGAGAAUUUUUCAGAGAGAGAGUAAUAUGGUAGAAGAAAACCCUUAUCAGCAGCUACCUUGUGAUUGUUAUGGCAGUAUGCCUGGGAAGACAGCAGUAGUUCUUGGUCCUCUCUGGUCGGGAGCCCUCUUUAACACUGGAUUCCUCAGAAGGAUGCUGUUUGAGGCUGUUCAGUAUGGUUUGGAGGAAACUCAGCCGCUUUUGAAGACAUUAGUUUGUGAAGCAGAGUGCACAACUUUGAAGCAGUUUUCUAUCCAUAGUCCUACUGAUGAGAACAAACAAGAAGAGUGUGGUGUAUAUAUCAAAACACCAGAUACUUCAGCAGAAUCCUACUUGGUACAUGGAAAAAGAAAAAGUAAUGAAGUGAUUCGAAAUCCAACAAAACGACAAAAAUGUGAGAACAGUGCUGAGCACCCUGCAUUUUACUACAAUAUCCAUAGACACAGUAUUAAAGGAAUGAACAUGCCAAAGUUAAAUAAGUUCUUAAGCUAUCUCUCUGAAGCUGGAUACAGAGUAAGUAGAACCCAUUUUGAUCCUAUGGGAGUUCGCACAAAUGCCCCCUUGGCGCAAUUUAAGACUAUCCUUGUGAAGUACAGCACUCCCACGUACACUGGGGGGCAGGCAGAAGGCCCUGUCCAUCUAACCGAAGAUCUCCAGGUAGGAGACCAUGUUCAAGCUGCUGUAGAUGGCAAAGCAGGAGAUGCCGACGUUCGGGACGAUAAUAAAUCUGGAGGUACUGCCGUGUUCACAAAAGACUGCCCUGCUCCUUGUGCAGCUGACUAAUGAAAUUCACUGUUUUGAAAUCAGGAUUUUGAAGACUUAAAACUAUACCUGUGCGAGUAAGCCAUUACUUCUUACAGAACUGAGUUUUGAAAAUCUGAGUUGCCUGCUCUUUUAAUUUGUGAAGAUAUUUUAGAAUUGCAUAGGAGAACUUGCCACUGAUCACAGUGUGUGUGGUCGAGGUACCGUUACUGUGGGAAAGUCUCUAUAGACAGUUACUUGCUUUUAUGCUCACAUCCACUUUUACACUGUGGCAGCGUGACUACCCUCAAAUCUUUGUAAAGCCUUAUUCGGAUUGCUAGCACAGAAUCCGGAAGAGUGGACGGGGCCAAAAGUCUUAAGCAUUUCUGAACAUCAGCUUAAUAUAAAAUGGACUGUCAUUCCUAAAACUUGACUGGUUAGAAUUUAAACAGUUUAUGUUAAGGUGAUAAAAUGCUGCAGGAUAAAAUGUGGCAAGCUAGAAAGUGCUAGCCAGGUGCACUGAAACUCCAGAUAGUAGUGCAUUUAAUUUGGCAGUCGUUUCUGUUUUUAUAGUUCUGCCUAGCAGCAAAGGCCUAACCCAAGUGAGAAGAGAAACGAAUUAAGUUACAAAACUGUUACUUAGACUUCAGUUCUUAGCCAAGCUUUCGUGGAUUGUGUUUAGUCACUCUAGGUAGCUGUUUGUUCAGCUGAAACCUGGUUCUUUGCUGGCAAAAAGGUACAGUGAUGAGACACCACAAGUUUAAGUUCUAGGUGAAAUGUUGCAAUUAACUAGUCAAUAAUACAAUCUUUGUUUAAAAAAAUCUCUUCUGUGAAUGAGCAAAGAUAUUCUGUGUCGGUAGUCACUUCUGGUUUCCUUAAAUAUAUGGCAGUAUUCCAGCCAAAUAAGCACGACUUUGUCCUUUUUCUCCCCCCCAAACUUUGUUCAGUUACCUAUAGAUUUCCCUUGAAAGGGGAACUAUUACAAAUUGAAACAAUCAAAGUAAUAGUUAUGGUUUUUCACAGCUUUGGUAUUGAACCUGUCACAGGACUGGUACUUCUUUUGAAGAAUGUGAGGUGUUCUUGCCUUUAUUUUCCCAUCUCUAAAGCUUCACAACAAGAAUAUUACUGCUUUUCUGUCAUUCAAAACUGAGUCCCAAACAGGAACAGCAGCAUGGCAACUUGCAGUGGUCUAACUUAAAAAUGAUAGAAGAUAGUGGAAAUCCAGAUACAAUUCCGAUUGUGCAAAACUUCUUCAUAAGUUCCUACCAGGCCUAAAUUAAGUUACUGCCUUUUAUACCAUCUUAAAUUCAUGAUUACUUUUGUAAUGAGUUAUUGACAUUCUGGCCUCAUAGGAAAAAACAGGAGACCACUAGAGAAAUAACAGAUUGCUGCAGUAGUGAUACAGCAACAAACCAAACUAAAUUCUUCUCAAAAAUUUACACAAAACACAACUCUGAGGGGGAAAAAAUAGUUAAGAUAUUCUGCAAUUGUUAUGUAAAUAUUUUUUAAGGGGCGAGGACAAUUAGAAGACUUCACUUCUAGAUAGUAAAACUGCUCCCUUGAGCAGGAUUAAUAUAAAUGGGAUAGAAUUAGUCAUAAAGCCAGUUAACUGGAGCAAAAGGGAGAGCUAUAAUUACAAUAAAGUAGGCUAAAAAGCAAAUUUAACUGAA